GCUGAAUCUCCAGGGGGCGCCUACAAUGGCGCUAUUAGUAUUCCAAGGUUGAGCAAUGGCGACGGUUUUACUCGAUCGCAUAGCUGCGUCAAAAUGCCAUGCAAUUGAAAUGCAAGGCAUGUUCAUUUGUGGGAGACCUACUGGCGUCAUAGCAUAAAGGCCAUAUGACUCUUUCUGCUCGUGUUUUUGUUCGAGCGUGACAAAAUGGUUAAAAGAUGAAGGUGUUCAGCUUCUGAACUACAAUGGCUCUGGUGGUGGCAGACCAGCUCUCCAUAGUCGAUUCCCUUGCCUCUCUCCGAACAGACACUCGCAGACGAUUUUCACAGCGAGUCACUCUGGCUCAGACAGCGUCGAAAGCACCUGCUCGAGCUUCUCCUUUCUGCCACCCACUCAUCACAAACUCAGCAGUCAAAAGGAAGUGCAUCUGGCAAAGUCGGUCUUUCAGCAGCAGCUGGUUGGCAGGGACAACUCCAUCUAGAGAUCUGUGUGCAAGAAGGGCAUUGCCAGAAGAGGCAAAGGAAAGAAGGGCGUCAGGGGUGCGUGCGGCCUUGUCUGGCAUUCUCCACAAUGAGGUCUUGGUUACCACCGCAGCCGCAUGCGUCCUGUGCCAGGGGUUGAAGCCGUUUGCCGCCCUGGCUGAGGGCAAGCCCCUCAACUGGCGAUUGGUGUACAAGUCGGGAGGCAUGCCUUCAUCUCACACCUCCAGUGUCACUGCCUUGGCAACGGCUGUUGGCCUCGAAAGGGGGCUCGACGAUGAUCUCUUCGCAAUCUGCGUGGUACUGGCUUGCAUCGUCAUGUAUGACGCACAGGGGGUGCGAUACGCUGUCGGCAAACAAGCGGAGGUCCUCAACUCUUUAGUCAUCCCCCAGAUAUCUGAGCCCCCCGCAAAGUUGCUCGACGAAGCGGAGCAAAGGGAGGCCCCGCAGGCAGAGAAAAUGUUGGUUGCGAACACUAGUAAACAUGCAAGCACCUCGCAAACAGGGCCUUCUGGAAGGUGGGUCGAAACAGCCGCCGGGAGGCCUGGUUCGGAAAGGGACACGUGGCGCGAAUCGAGCGGUCGAGCGUCUCAAUCGGACCGUGCCACGAGGAGUGUAACGGACAAGCUGGAAGAAGCACUGUCUGCCCCUGAGGGGGCUGCCUGGAUUAAGAGGAUGAACGUGGAAGGGGGAGAGGGGGUUUCGAAGGAAGAGGAAUGGUCGUACAGCCCAGCUUACCGAUCGAAAGAUGUUCGAGAAAGUAACGGGGCCGGGGACGUUGCUAGACGGGGUGAGAGCUUCUCGGAGGGGCGAGGUUUGGCAGAGGGGUACCCAAAAGCGUGGCGGCACGUUCCGCUAAAGGAAGCGGUUGGGCACUCCAAGUUGGAAGUUGCGGUGGGGGGGGUAGCGGGAGUCGUGCUAGCGUUUGCCUUCCACGCUACCGUUUUCGGGGGCCGCCUGUAA